UACAGCAGCCAUGUCCACUUCUACGCAGCAGACUUCCCAAGCUAGUUCAGGUGUCGUCGGGUCAACAGUCGCGCAGACCGUGAGUCAGUCCACUGGCUUUAUGGCAAGCCGGACCGCGGUGUUGACUCCAGAGGAUGUCGCCAUCCAGCAGGCAGCCCUGCAGGAAGCACAGCUACAGCGGGCAUUAGGAGAGAUAAAAGCGGAAAAGGAAAAGAUGAUCAGAAGAAGAGCCAGGAUGCAGCGGAGAGGGGCAGAUAUAGAGGAGUUAGAAUUGAUGGACCUGACGCAUAUGAAUGCUGAUGUGAAGGUAGUAAGGAGGGCCCUGCUAGGCGUUAUAGAGAUGCAGGAGCACCAAACUACAAUCCUUCAGGACAUUCAACAGAGCCUAGCCGUUUUGGCAGGCCGUGCGCCGUCUGCACCAUCACCAGCCGGGCCUGGUGCCUGGCCCGUGCCGUAUCCUCCUUUUUCUAUCCCACUGGUGACAAGGGUAUCCCCAUAUGUAGCCCCUUCAUCGGUUGCUAUCGUUUCCCUGGGCAUGCCACUGUCAGGAGGGGUAACAACAUGGAGUAGUGUGCAGGUUCCUGUACAGACAGUGUUUACUCAAAGUCCGUUGCAGGUUGCAGUCACCACGCAGCCUGCUGUCUCGCAGCCUGUGCAGCCUCAGGACACGCAGCCCCAGCAGCUAGCACAGCAACCUGUAUCACCGGGUCCACAGCCCGGAAUGGUGCAGGGACCGGGACAGACCCAGUGGGUUCCAAAGACGGCCAUCGCCGCUCCCAAACCUUUUACAGGGGACACGAGAGGCGAAGACCUUGACACAUGGUUGAGGUCAGUGUCGGUCUACGUCAGGUGUAAACUCACCUUGCCGCACGAAGAAGUGCUUGUGGCUGCUUCCUACCUAGAGGGUAGUCCAGAAAGAUGGUUGAGCAGUUUAGUGCAGCUCCACGGAUAUGGUCAUGACUUCUGCGCGUGGGCAGCCACCCAGAAAUUGGAUGAGUUCCUGAAGAUGGUGGAGGAGAGGUGGCACGAUCCUCAGGAGGCCCAAAGGGCCACUGACGCGAUCCUGACACUGCACACGCGGCAGUUUAAGUCAGUAAGGGAAGCCACGGACGCUGUUGAGCGUUUGAUCUGUGUCGCUGGGGUGCGCUAUGACCCCCAGGUCCUGUUGACUUCGUACCUGAGAUGCUUUUCUCAGCCUCUCAGGAACCAGUUGGCAAAAGAGGCCAACAUCAAUAUGCACAACUUCCCUUCGUUUAGCAAGGUGGCCCUAGACCUUGAAGCUAAGAUAGGGCAUGGACAGGCACCCAGUACGGACGGGAGAAAGAAGACACUGCCUCCCAACUGGAAGGCGAAAGGUCGCUUGAUGUUUGUCGACAACGAUGGUUCAACCAUCGAGGUGGACGACAACUUUCAGGAGGGAGUAGGUUCAGAGGCAGGCAGCAUAGAUGCUUUAGAGGGUGGAGUAGUCGCUGUCGUAUCUCAAAAAGGGGUUGUCGAGAGGGAGGUCGUCCACACGAUAGAGAUUAUCCCAGGGUCUAGUAUUCCGAAGGGUAUGAUCUAUCGGAUAUCUCCAGGCGAGCUUGAUGAGCUUCGCCGACAACUCAAGGAACUCGUAGAGAAGGGGUGGAUCUGGCCGAGUGUCUCUCCUUAUGGGUCUCCAGUUCUAUUCGUGCCUAAGAAGAAGGAGGGUACUCUUAGGAUGUGCAUUGACUAUAGGGGCCUCAAUGCCAUCACUGUAAAGAACAGAGAGCCCCUACCGCGCAUCGACGAUUUGCUAGAUAGAGUGCAAGGGUGUCGGUACUUCAGUAAGAUAGAUCUGAAGUCCGGGUACCAUCAGAUUGCAAUCCGGCCCGAGGAUCAACACAAAACCGCCUUUCAGACCAGGUACGGUCUGUACGAGUUUGUGGUGAUGCCUUUUGGCCUUUGCAAUGCUUCUGGCACCUUUCAGCACGCUAUGAAUCGGAUAUUCCAUGACUACUUAGAUAAGUUUAUCAUCGUGUACCUCGAUGACAUACUUAUUUUUAGUAAGACUGUCGAGGAGCACGUUGCACAUUUGGACAAAGUCCUCAGCCUCCUGCGACAACACAAGUUCAAGAUCAACGGUGAGAAGUGCGAGUUUGGCCGCACCCGUGUCUUGUACUUGGGUCAUGAGAUCUCCGCGGAAGGGUUGAAGCCCGAUGACGCGAAGGUGGCCAGCAUUCGUGAUUGGCCACGUCCUCAGUCUGUGACUGAGAUGAGAUCUUUCUUAGGGAUGACAAGCUACUACAGAACUUUUGUAAAGAACUAUAGCAUGGUGGCCGCUCCUUUGACUGAUCUGACCCGCCUUGACACCCCGUGGGAGUGGACAGAUGAGUGCGAGGCUGCUUUCAGACAUCUGAAGCAUGCGUUGACGCACUAUGAGGUCUUGAAACUUCCUGAUCCUGACAAGCCUUUCAUAGUCACUACGGAUGCCAGCCAAUAUGGCAUUGACGCCGUAAUCGCGCAGCUGGAGGGGCCAAAGUUGAGGCCAGUUGAGUACAUGUCCAAGAACAUGUCGUCUCAGAAGUUGGCUAAGUCCACUUAUGAGAAGGAACUCUAUGCGGUGUACAAGGCGCUSACCCAUUGGAGACACUAUCUCCUUGGGAGGUUCUUCAUCCUCAGGACUGAUCAUCAGACCUUGAGAUGGAUGAGAACCCAACCGGUACUCUGUGACGCUCUCAAGCAUUGGAUCGAAGUCAUUGAGCAAUAUGACUUUGACCCUCAGUAUCUCAAAGGGGAGUACAACAAGGUUGCUGAUGCCUUGUCGCGCAGACCGGACUUCUCAGGGGCACUGAUUACUGAGUUCGAUCUGACGGACAAUGUUACUCAGUUUCUGGUGGAAGCCUAUCGCGAGGACCAGUUUAUGUCUGAGAUCAUACACAGACUUGAGGGGAAGGACAAGAAGACUUCCGCCGAGUUUGAGUUGGUCAAUGGCUUGCUGUUCCUGGAGAAGGCAGGGAAUAAACGUUUGUGUGUUCCAAAAAGCGAGUCUUUGCGUAGUUUGUUUCUAGGUGAAUGUCAUGAUGCCACCGGUCAUUUUGGGUAUAAGAAGACCGCAGCCAACUUGCUGCAGCGGCUCUGGUGGCCCACAAUGAUGAGAGAUGCUCAUCUGUAUGUGGAGACUUGUCAAGUGUGUCAACGAGACAAGCCACGUACUCAGGCUCCUCUUGGGCUUUUGAAGCCCCUUCCGAUUCCGGAACGGCCUGGUGAGAGUCUGUCCAUGGAUUUCAUGGAUACUCUGAUCACCAGCAAGAGUGGGAUGCGGCACAUCUUCCUCAUCGUGGAUAGAUUUAGUAAGUAUGCUAGGUUAGUAGCCAUGCCAGAAACAGCAAGAACGGAGUACGUUAUCCGAAUGUUCAAAGAAAAUUGGGUUAGAGACUUUGGUUUACCCAAGUCUAUUGUCAGUGACAGGGAUAUCAGGUUUACUAGUGAGAUGUGGACGGCUGCUGCUGCAGAGCAGGGCACUCAGUUGUAAAUGACUUCUGGGAAUCACCCAGAGGCCAACGGCCAGGCCGAACAACUGAACCGCGCGGUACAACACCUGUUGAGGCAUUACAUCAAGCCCAACAAGGUGGACUGGAAUGAGAAGCUUGCUCUCAUCGCAAGUCUGUAUAACAAUGCGGUACACAGCGCCACUGGGGUGAACCCGAACAGUCUACUACUGACUUUCAAGCCUAGACAACCUCUUGACUUUCUCCUACCUGAGAAUGAAUCAACUGCUGCACCGGGU